UUCUGUAACUGGUUUCUUCUACAGGUCGGCUUUCUGAAGAUUUUACACAAGUAUGAAAUCACCUUCACUUUGCCUUUAAAUCAGAAGCUGGGGAAGAACAUUUCUGCGGUACCGCUUCCGAACCUGAACCUCAAAGUGACCACCAUUAACGCGUUGCCGGAAGGGCACAGCAUUAAAUGUGAGUACACGGCACAUAAAGAGGGAGUGGUAAAGGAGGAGAUGAUCCUGACCAGUGAGAACGAUGACAAAACCUUCCUCAGGGUGGCGGUACAGGCUCGAGUGUUGGACCGCCAUCAUGGUACUCCCAUGCUGCUGGAAGGCGUCCGAUGUAUUGGGGCGGAGCCAGAGUACGAUUCUGAACAGAGUGAUUGGCAUGGAUUUGACUGAGUUGCUGAUGGACUUUCUUCUCUUUUUAUUGUGCUGCUCUGCUUUUU